AAGCUGCCAUGCCACUAUAUAUAAGCUUCAAAUUAUCUUCAUCUCUUACAAGUUCUCUAGCUUUUCAUAUCUGAUAUUAAUAUUGCUUGCUUGAAUGCUUGUUGCUUCCAUAUAUAUAUAGGUGAUGGCGUUUGGUCAAGUUACGAUGUCAGCACUUGUUUUGGCAUUAGCUGUAGCCAGAAUUAGCCCCUCAGCAUGCCAAACGGUAGAGGGCAAAGUCUCUUGCACUGACUGCACUCACCACUACGAUUUAUCUGGCAUGAAGGUCUCAGUGAAGUGUGAAGGUGUGAAAAAGGUGGCUGUGGCGACCACAGAAGAUAACGGCUUCUUCAAAGUGAAACUUCCCUCAGACCAAACAAACCCUCCCUCUUCGAACUGCUUUGCUAAACUUGUUGGAGGGCCAGAUCAGGUUUAUGCCUCUAACAAAGACCAACUCUCCCAAAUUGUAAAGGGAAAUGACAAGAACACUUACACCAUCUCCACUCCUCUUACUUUCUUCACAUCCUGUCCUCAAAACACAGAAUGCAAUAAGGAUGCCAACGUCUUCGCUUCAUCCAAAACCUUUGAUCUUCCUCUGCCUCCGGAAUGGGGUUUGCCACCAAGUAGCUACUAUGUUCCUUUCUUCCCCAUCAUCGGAAUACCUUAGUUUCUUCUACAGUAACAUAAUCCCUAGGAAUGAACAAAAAUAUAUACUGUUGUAUGGUUUGGUAUUUUAGGUGUCCAUAUGCGUCAUGUCAUGUGUGUAAUAAAUAACAUGAAAGUUGCAUAUGCAGUUGUGGUAGCACUAUGUUAUGAUAUUCAUAUGAAAGCACUAUAUUCUCGGUAUAUGUAAUCACUUUAAUGAAAAACCGCAUUGCUUGCUCUUGUUA